CUUUGAUAUUUUCCUCUGUGUUUUUUUUCUUCUCGUGUGUGCGCUUUUCCAUGGGGGCCUCAAAGCUAGCGACUUUGUUCAUCUUUUUUGCCCUAAUUUUCUGUAAAAUUAGGGCAGAUGCUUCAAUCGAUGAAGUUGAUCAGCCGCAGGCAGUCGUCUUAUCGGAAUCUUCUGAAUCGGAGGCGUUGAAGAUCGAAUUGGCACUUCUCCAGGAGAAGAUCCAAACGCUUGAAACCCACAUUGAUGAGAGAAGCAAAGAAUUGAAAAGCAAGGAUGAGAUCAUUGCACAGAAAGAGAAAAUUGUUCAAGAGAAGUCAAAUAGCAUUACACAGUUGCAAAAUGAAAUAGUAUCCCUACAGAAAAAAGGGACAUCAGAUGCUGAGGAGCAGUUGGGAAAGGCUUAUGCGAGGGCUAGUGAACUAGAGAAGCAGGUUGACAAGCUUAAAAAAGAAAUAGAGACUCAACAAAAGGAGAAAGCUGCCUUGGAAUCCCGAGCAAAUGAAGCUGAGAGGAAGACACGUGAAUUGAACUCAAAAGUAGAGAGUCUUAAAAAGAUCACUGAUGAACAGAAAACGAGAAUCCGUAAAACUGAACGUGCUCUUCAAGUAGCUGAGGAAGAAAUGAUGAAAGCAAAGUUUGAUGCCAAUUCAAAAACCAAAGAAUUAAUGGAGGUUCAUGGUGCAUGGCUUCCACCUUGGUUUGCAAAUCAUUUAAUUAGUUGUCAGUCCUUCAUGGAGGUGCACUGGAACAAGCAUGGGAAACCCGCUCUGGAUACAUUGACUCAAAAGGCGCUGGAGAAAAAGGCCCAAGCUCAAAAAUGGUCUGAACCCCAUGUGGAGACGUUUAAAACUAAAUGGAUUCCAGCUAUAAAGGAUCAGUGGUUGGAGAUAACAACUUAUCUUGAACCGCAUGUGCAAUUGCUCUGCACAAAAACUGUCGAGGCUUAUGAGGCAUCUAAAAAUGCAAUAACUCCUCAUGUCAUCAAAGUGCAAGAAUUUAGCGAUCCUUACUUUCAGGAAGCCAAGAAGGUCAGCAAGCCAUAUAUUGAUCAAGUUGCGGCUGUGACAAAACCACAUGUUGAUAAUGCGAAAGUUGCCUUAAAACCCUAUACAAAGAAAGUAGUUCAUGGAUAUGGCAAGUUCCUUAAGUCUGCAACUACUUACCAUCAGAAGGUCCAAGACACUGUGCAGGAGAAGUUGAAGAAUCAUGAGCUUACAAAACAUCUUGCAACUAAGGAGUUGGUGUGGUUUGCAGCCUCUGCUUUGUUGGCCUUACCCAUCAUCUUUUUGUUUAGAAUUUGUUCAGCCAUAUUCUGCAAGAAGGCAAAGAAACCCGUUCGAAAUGCUCACCACCAUUCACGUCGCAAGGCAAAACGAGGGCACCCAGACAAGUAGAGUAGCGUGUGUUAGUCCGGUGGUGUUCAUUUGGAAUAUGUUCACGGUAUGCUUUGUUGCCAUUUGAGGUAGCAGCAUUCAUGGUGUUCAAUUACUAGGUAGAAAAUUGAGAUCUUUGCACGACCCUUUAUUUUAACAUUCCUAUGGGAUUGACAUUUCUUGCAGAUGGGGGUUUGGGUGGGCUCUCAGCUGGUGAUUUUUGGGACUUUUUAAGUUCAGUCUUUGCCAAAGAACUCUUUGACGUUUUUUUUUUUUGAAGCUCUUAACCUUUUUGUGAAAAGAGAAAAAAAAAAAUUAAAAAACCUCUCACCACACAUGUUAGAUAUUUUACAGAGCUGGCAGAUGUAUCAUGGCGGUGUGUUAUUCUUCUUGUUAGUUGUGUAUUUUUUUUCUCAUCCAAAUUCUACUAAAUUAGAGCUUUGCAUUUGUUUGUUCAUUAGAAUAUUAUUUGCUCUCAUUGGGUAAUGAACUUAGUUUGAAUUUGAAUUA